UCGGAGAAUUAAAUCCCUUGUCAGAUAAAUGCGCGGACAUGCAAGGGCUCUCAAUCCAGAUAUUACAACUCUAAUUAUGAGAAUUCAAGGCUGCAAAUCCCAGCGCCAGUUUGCUUCAAAUACUAGCCCGGUUAAAAUCCCCAUCGAUCGGAGAACGCUGCAAGCAAUUGCUAAAGAAAAUACUCUGAAGGAGACGAUUGCUCCUACUGCACCAUCUGGUCAACUGGAUUCUUGCACAAGCAAGUCGGAUGUUGAUUCUCCACAUCUUUCAACAUCAACAUCAUGGUGCAACGACGCUGAUUCUUCAACAGACGAGCAGAGCUCGACAGCGAGCGCAAAUCAAGGAUCUAUUGACUCCCAGUGCACAUCUGCACUGGAUUAUCUUAACAAAUUGGAGCUUCAAGCCCUGCAAGCACAUGCCGCUGACUACCGAGAUGCAUUCCAAAUUGAACAGCAGCGAAAGAUUCUCGCCGCUCGGGCAUCCUACUUGCAAGAGAAACUGGGUGAACAACUACAUGAUGCGGCGAGAAAGAUUGCGCCCCGCUUCUAUGGAUGGCAACCUUCAGAUUGGAAUGGAGUACACGGCCAGCUCAUUAAAGAUGACAGGGAUCCUGAUGAUCUUUGGAGAGCACUUCGAGCUGCUGAAGCACAUUCGUAUCCUUUGGAGGACCCAGCAGUUUCGGAUCGUUUCUUCAAGGAGAUGGAAGAAUUGAUGCUAGUCGAAGAUCUUGCGGAACUACAAUGCGGUACAUGGGCAGAUGAAACCACAUCAUAUGAGACGAACUCUCGCAUGUCCCCUUCUUCCAGGAAACAAAUCGAGCGAAAGCCGAACCCUGUAGUGAGAACGACCAAUCAACGCCACGCUCAUUCAAAGCCAAAACUCUCCGUGCCGGUAUCGUCAAUUCCUCGCGGGAAAACAACCUCUCAAAAACGUCUUGAGCAGGAGCUCGCGAAGAAGGAGGCUGCUCUCCAAGCGAUGAUGAAAGAUGGUUUUCGAGCGAAUCCGGUACCUGCCUCAACUUUGAUCCCCAGAUACGAUCAGAUCAUGCGGUCAAGAGGUACGAAGAGUGCGGCAAUGCGAGCUCAGCGAGUUUCGAAGAUAAAAGGCGGUGUCAAACCGUUUGGCUUUUCAAGUAAGCCGAAUGACAAGUCGUGUCCAUGUGGAUUGGAAGCCACUGUUGAGAAUGCCCUUAAUCAAAUUUCUCGAGAUGCACAUUCAAAACCCAUUAUCAAAAGUCAGAGACCCGCAGGUUCUCCACCGCCACGACUGGUACAACAGGCGAUAGAAGAUGGACGGCGAAGGCGACAACGGAUCUUGGAAAAUGAAUCCAAAGCAGGACUGACCGAAGAGCACAAAUUUCGUCCGAAAAUAAAUUGGGAAAUACCAAACCAUGCUCGCAACCAUGCGAAAUUUGCGAAGGAAGUAGAAAAGCGGAAAACCGUGCAUUCACCUACAAAACCUCAUCCGUUUCCUGGCGUUGAAUAUCACCAUCAGGUUGCACCUUCACGCUCGCGUCAUCAGCAAUGCGCUUUGAACAAUGACGCCGUGUCAAGUAGCAGACAUCAAUGGCCGUAUAUUAAGAAGAAACGUCUCUCAAUAGCCACUCGUAUGCAGAUCCCAAAAGCUCGUGAAACCCACUCUCAUAGGCUGAAGGUCCUUCAUCGAAAGACUGUAGAGGAAACUCGAGGCUUGAUUAAGGACGAAUUGGAAAAACAGAGGCAAGAAAGGCGGAAAGAGAUCAAGAGGAUCGAGCAGAAGGUUCGAAGCCGCCUAACAACCAAAAUCGGUACCACAGCCAACAGCGAUAGCGUACAUCACGCACGACAGGAGGGUUACUUAAGAGGUACACUUGUGCGAAAGAAUCCGCUUGCCGUGUGUUCAUAAUCUGAGCGCACCUUGAUCGCAGCCCAGGCAGAGCGAGCCGAAGAAUACCGUAAGCAAUUGCGAGAUAUGAAGAAGCGUCUCGAUGAGCGGCCGUGUCUAUUUGAGCAAGUUGACGUCCUUACAGCCAAGCAGAAGGCUAUUACAGAUUUUAAUCAUAUUCUCACCAAAAAUGGGCUCAAAGUGGAAGAUUUCGCUUCAGCGGGAUAGCGCUCUUGACAUGUACAUAUAUACUUGUUACUACACUAGAAUUGCAAUUUAUGAUGCAGAUGUUUGAAUGAUAUCGUGCUGGGAUGAGAUGUUAGUUCUCACUGAUAGGCAGAGUUUCCGUGUGUGGAACGCUCAAACCGCU